AUGGGCCAUGGUCGCGAAGGUGUGUGCGUGCUUGCGGCUACAAAGACCGUCGCGGCGGCGUGUGGCGAACGACGACACGUCCUCAGGGUCCACGUCGCUAAGCGAGCGAGCGUCCAGGACCGCCCGACAUCGCCCGACCCUCAUUGGUCAGCUGUUCGCCUGCUUUCGUCGCGUGCGCUCGCGACGCGCACGCGGCGAUUGGUGCGCGCCUGCGCUUGCGCCCACGCUGACCCGCCUCGUCUCGCUGGUAUCGCCGGCACUGUUCGCUUCGGCAACAUUGCCAUGCACAGAUGUGACGUCAUCGGCUAA